UAUUGAUUUUAAUGACAUGCAUCCAGAUAUUGCAAACGAGUUAUUCUUAAAACUUGACAAGUUUUAUAAAGUAAUCCUUCCUGUCUUAAAUGCGGAAGUAAAAGACCAAGCCAGCCGAGAGUUACUACUUUCGAAACUCCUUUACAAAGAUUUAUCAAAUGAUUCUAAAUAUUGCAUUGUGUUGUUACUGCUCCAUGCGAUUCUUCAACCACAGCGUCGGAGUAAAACCCAUAAACCAACGAUUGGUGACGCUCAAUCCGAGUUUAUAAUACUAGCAACUACACCAAAUGAUAUAUUACCAAAAAUUUCGUCCAAAAUUGAGCAAUACGCGAUUGAAAAACAGCAUUUGCAGCCUUACAUCAUUGCAGUAGGUGAGGACUAUACAAGUAUAUCAGAAUUCUUUAUAUUUUGCGACGGGCUUAAGUGGAAGUGCCCCACUUUAAUGAAAUGCGUCGACUGUAUUAUUAAGUUAAGUUAUGUAUUCCAAAUUGAAUAUUCCCAUAAUAGCAAGCAAAUUUGGGUAUUUUUAGAACAAUACUUUUUUGGGCUUAAGUCUGAAGAUUUUCCUUCAGUUUCAAAUUUACUCAGCAAGUUAGACAACUAAUUUUUUAUUUUCUUUCUUUUCUUUUUAAUUGUUAAAAAUGUCCCAAUGAUUUAGGUCUAUCUUUAGUUUCUCAAGAGCCACUUACACAAUUACAGUAUCGUGAUGAGUAUCCACUUCCAAGUCUUGCAAACUUCAAGCAUUCAGUCCUUGAAUUUACUCUUGAACUGCACAAUCAACCACAUUUUUCCAUUUUAUCCGAUUUGAAUUCAUAUAAAAAAACAGAUUCCGUUAUUUUCCGAGGAAAAACUUUCAAAAUUGGACACAUUGUUUCAGUUACUAAAGACAGUUUUCUUAUUUACGAAAUAUGCGAUUUCUUAAUAAGCGAAAAUAAUAUUUGUAUUGUAGUGAAAAGUCAUAGUUGUCUAAAUUUUUAUGAGAGAUUUCAAUCAUAUUUGGUUGGCAGUGAAAAACAUAAUUACACUCUCAUCAAAUUUGAUUCUUUAGAUGGACCGCCAAUAGAUUUUUAUGUUUCAAAUAAUGGUCUUAAAGUUAUAAGAGCCAAAAAAUAUUGGUAAAAAUACCUUUCAUUUUCUAUUAGAGUUAUAAGAAUUACAAGUUUUUCAAUUAUUUAUGUUAUAAAAAUUACCAGGAAGUAUGUAAAGUCAAUUUUAAUUAUAUAUACAUAAGUAUUUAAACUAGCUAUAGUUAUGCUAAUGCUGAAUUAAAAAAUAAAAAAAGUUAUAAAAAAACUCGUGUUAUAUUUAUUUUCAGAAAGUAUUAAUUUCAAUUUAGGGGAAAAUAACAUCAAAUUGAUAAGAUCAUCGGCUUGUUAAAAUUAAGAUGAUGUUCCAAUAAUAAUUAAGGCUUCCCAUCUUAUUUAUGUUAAGGAGAGUUUCUGCUAAGUUUUACGGGUUAUCUACUUGAUUUUAUUAAGUAGCGUUUCCUCUUAAUUCUAAGGGUCACCUUCUUAAUAAUAUUGAAAAGGUUUUCACCUUAGUUUUAUAGGUUAUCUAUUAUAUUUCACUGAAAAGGAUUUCAUCUAAAUUCUAAGCGUCAUCUCCUAAAUUAUAUUGAAAAGGUUUUCACCUUAGUUUAACGUUUUAUCUUCACAUUUUUAUUAAGAAGUGAUAUCUAGUAAUAAUAAGAUGGGCAUCUUAUUGGAGAGAAAUUGAAGAGGAAUCUUCUAAACUUUGUUCUAAUUUACAGGGCAUUUUAUGUGGCCAUUUCGC